AUGUUGUCUGACCCUCAUCUAGACAGUGUUACCUCCUGUCACCUUGACUACCAUGAUGGAGCAGCAGAUAACCUGGAAGAAUAUGUCAUAGAUGUGUACUGGCGGGGCUCUACACCUAAAAGUCAUAAGGCAGUUUGCCCGGGGCCCAUGGGCCACAGGCAAGGCGCACCUGCAUACACAUGGGGGGGGGGAACCAUGAGCAAAAGAAUUCAUGAGCCACUGUCACAUUCAAAGCGAAAGAUGCUCAACUCCAAUCAAAACUCUGAUCAGAGGAGUUUUGGACUUGAUAUUACAAAUGCGCAGUGCACAGCACCAAUGCCUGCCACCAAAGUGCAGCCACAGAAAUGUAGGAAGCUAGGAAGGGCAGUUGAGGGUAUGGGGAGUUCAGUACAGUCCCUUGAAGUCCUUCUGAAGGUUGCGGAAGCCAUUGAGAAACAGACAACAGUUCUUCAGCAGAUCUGCAAUGCAGUGAAAAGCAUAGAAUUUGAAGCUCGAUGA